CACCUGACAACAAUAAUUAGCCAGACAAGGAUCCAUUAAAUUAUUUCGUAAACACUUUGAACUGUUUCGCGGAUGUAAUUUUCACCAAAGACGCAUACCCCUUAAAUUUAAAGAUGGAAUCGUUACUUUUAGGAAUAUGCUUGCUUCUGUGUGUUAGUUUGGUACAUGGACAAUGUGACAUCGCUGAGUGCAAGAAAGGCUCUGACUCGCUCUUCAGUUUUACUGCAUGCAGUGAGUACACUCAAAGAAUCGAAUGCUUAAGUCGUCUGUUUGACAGUUGUAAAGGACAAGCGGGUAUGUCAGAAAUCGGAUACGCUAUGAGGGCAAUGCACCGUCCAUCCGACUGCGUGUCAAGCAUGGACGGUAUGGCCAAAUCUAUGACAGCACAAUCAAAGAUGAUGACGUCAGUGAUGAAGAAAUCACCACCACAUCCUGCCAUGACAUUUUUUCAGGGCGGAAGUGGGCAAAGUACCGGAAGUGGGCAAAGUACCGGAAGUUCUCAAAGUACCGGAAGUUUUCUGUCUGGACUGUUUCCAUCAAUGGGGAUGAUGCCUCCAAUGAUGGGACCAAUGAUGGGAGAAGAAAUGGGUGAAAUGGAGAUGGAGGGACCGGAACUAGGUGAAGGUCCUAUGGAGAUGUUAGAAGAUAUGAUGGAAGGAGAAGGAGGAAUGUUCAUGCCUGGAAUGGCAGGAAUGUUCCCAGGAAUGUUUGGAGGUAUGGGCAGUGGAGGUGCUGCUGGGGAAGGCGGCGAGGGUGCAGGAAGUAGUGUGGCUAUGUCACCAGGCAUGAUGUCAUCAGGUGAAGGAGGGGCUGCGAGAUUUGUGGAUUACAGAAAUGCCGCCGACGCUACGAAAGCCGUGACAGCUCAGAUUAUAGGAACAACUCUUUUUGCAAUUCUCCUAUCACUUCUGUAAACUUUUUCUUACUUACGUUUCUACAUUUCAUAGGUGUAGGAAACCAUUUGUUGUAAAGACGAGAUUAGUUUUAGAUUGUGAAAGAUACAAAUUCUAAAGUUUUGUGUUUUGGACAUUUUCAUAGUAAGACUAUGGCGUUUUACGUAGUAGAAGGUUUUAGUUGUCCAGUCUAAUUUAUUCUAUUUAUUUUGCUGUCUCAGGUUUAGUGCUCUAUUAGUAAUUCUAUAUUUUAGCUAUACCAAUGACACAUGCACUGUAGUAAUUUAAAUGCAAGAAUUUUUAUGUUUGUUGCAGACAGUUUUAGCAGCCAAGCUGACUAUAUUUUAGAUAUUACUUAUAUUAGAAAAUAGUACCGACGUCAACUUGAACAGUCUUACUGUUAUAUGACAUUUUGUAAUUUGUGGGCAGGUAAAUAAGAAUUGCUAAUUACGUUCUAAAAUUGACGAAUCAGCUAAUAAAAUAUUACAAAUUUC